AUCAACUGUUAGAGAUCUUUUCGUAAAUCUAAAAACGCCAAUAUAAAAUCAAAACGAUGUUCCAUAAAAACAAGCGCCAAUCAUAGAAAGACUAAUAAUUUCAGGCAAAUUGACAAGUACGAAGCGCUGAAAUAAUUUUCGGAUUUAUUUAUUUACUUCUCAUUUAAAAACAAUAAUUUCAAUUCGCAUUUCUUCCGCAAUUUAAGACGACAAGUGUUAAAAGGACACGUUAUAUUUCUAAGUAUUAAAUUAAUAGUUAUUGCGUCAUUAAAAUCCUUCAUUGUUGUUUACUAAAGCGUGUACGAUUACAUCAAAUUAUAUCUAUCUAUUAUCUAACGAUUGAAGAAAUUGCGUUUUAUAAAAAUGAUACCAGAUAACGUGACCCUGAUUGUGAAGGCUCCAAACCAGCAAAUAGAAGACCAAAAUAUCGAGUGUCAAACCUCUUGGACUGUCCGUCAGCUAAAAGGCCACUUAUCUGAAGUUUAUCCCAGUAAACCGAAAACUGAAGAACAGAAAAUAAUUUAUUCUGGCCAGUUAUUAGAAGACAACUCAUUAUUAAAGGAUGUUCUGCGAAACUAUGAAUACCCGAUACCUCAUACUAUGCAUCUAGUCUGCACUUCUAAGAACAAAAUGGACACACCAGAGCCUAAUACAGAUGGUCUUCGAAAUAGAAAUGGGGAGCGUGCAAAUGAGACAGCUCCACCAGAAAUGAGACAGAAUGAUCAGAACCACACUGUGGAAAUGCAGAAUUAUUUAAGUUCCUUUGUUAAUAAUUAUGGGAGGGUGCCACCAUACCAGAAUUAUAACUUCAACGAUAGAUAUCUACCAAUGCAGCAAGCGUAUAUGCAGUAUAUGCAACAGUAUGCUAAUUUAUGGCAAGCCUACGCAGUUAACACAAUGCCCCCCCAAGAAGUUCCCCAAGCACCAGCGCCCCCUCCGGCCCCAGCUCCACAGCCGAUGCCCGAAGAAGGUCGCGACUGGCUCGACAACUUGUACAUGGCGUCGCGUAUCGCCGUAUUAAUCUCCCUACUUUACUUUUAUGGUAGUCCAGCGAGACUAUUUCUGGUCUUCAUACUUGUUGUUACUGGAUAUUUACACCAGAUUGGCUUCUUCCGCGACCUGCUGGUCAAUCCGAAUAACAAUUUACAACAAAAUGAUAGAAAUCGAGCGAAUCAACCCCCUCAAGCGCAGGAGGGUGAUCCAGCGCCGCAGGGGGCACAACAGACCCCACCAGAAGGCCCAGAAACGCAAGACCCCUCAAACAACCAAAACCCUCCAGAUGAUGAUCAAUCACUGCUAGCGGUAACUUGGACUAUUUUUACCACAUUUUUCGCGUCUUUAAUACCGGAAGCUAAUUGAUUUUAAAGUUCUAAUGUUUACUUUGGUUUGAAUUGAUUUUUAGAUGGUUGGUUUAUAGCUUAAAAAUUUGUCAAAGACAAUUUUUAAAAAGGAAAGUUACAUUUUGAGUUAUUUUUUACGAAGUAUCAAUUGCUACUUGGCACCAAUUGAAUUUCGUAUCUACACCUAACUGGCCUACUUUGGUGAUGAUCAGCUGUUAUGUUUUUGUGAAUAUAUAUUUCAAUGAAACUUCUUAGAAAUAGUCGGUAAUUUGUGUUUUUAAAAACUUUAGUACUAAACUAUUUGUUGAUGAAAAAUGUUAUUUUAACAACUUACAAAAUCAAACUAACUUUCAAUCAGUCCUACAAUUAUGCUGUUGU